AUGAGAUCUCUGCGCAAAGCUUUUCGGCUGACACAGUUAUCGACUCGUAGCUUCUGGGAUUGGUCUCUGGACUGGAUGGAUUUAGCAAACUCGUCAAUCUGGGACAGCAAGGAAGGUUUCGGGGGUAAUGUGGAUCCUACAAGCCCAGAAACAGCAGGCGAAGGACACUGUGUCGUUGACGGACCAUUCGCACACCUCCGCCCCAUCUUGUACAACCACACGCUCAUCGAGCACUGUCUCUCCCGGGACUUCCACGAUGGUAAUGCAGCGGGCCGUCUGUCUGGAGAAGCUUACAAGCCUGAGAAGAUAGGGCAGAUUCUACGAAAACCCACAUACGACACAUUCGUUCGGGAUUUGGAGAAAUACUUGCAUGGUUCUAUACAUCAAUCUGUAAAUUGGGACUUCAAAGCCAUGACAGCAGCGAAUGAUCCACUAUUCUUUGUGCAUCAUGCACAAUUGGAUCGCAUGUGGUGGCUCUGGCAGAAGCAAGCAUGGCCUACUAGAUCGACUCUAUACCAGGGGAAACACAUGUUCAAUUCGACGGGAAAUGCAACCGUCAAUGAUAUGCUUAUGUUCGGUGACUUUGCCGAAGACAUCGYUGUGUCGGCGGUGAUGGAUACGGAAAAUGGGUUUCUGUGCUAUCGAUAUUGA